AUGAGUAAUGAUCGAGUCACCUAUGCAGAACUGAAUGUGGCCAAGAACUCAAGGUACCAGCACAGCAAACCAAGGGGCACUCGCAGCUCCAUUUCAGUAAUAGAGCAGGAAAUCGUUUAUGCGGAUUUCAGCUUUAAAAAUCCUUCUCAAGAGCAGACCCGGAUCUGCAGGGAUUGCCACUGCAAAGGUUUUCCAUCUCCUCCAGAAAAACUCAUUGCUGGGACCCUGGGCUUCAUCAGUUGUGUCUUAAUUGUUGCUGUGGUUGUAAUUACUACAGUUGCCACACCAUAUACUGAAACAAAGGCACAGAUCAACUCUUUAGUGACGAGAACCUACCAAGGUACAUCUUGCUUGUUGCUUCUAGAUAUAAACCACAAUCUCUUUUCAGCACAACCUUGUACUCAUUGUCCAGAUGAUUGGAUAUCAUAUUCCCACAACUGUUAUUACAUUAGUGUGGAGAAAAAAUCUUGGAAUGAUGGUUUGACAUCCUGUGUUUCCAAAAAUUGUAGUCUGCUUCACAUAGAUAGUGAAGAGGAGGAGGCUUUUCUGGAGUCCAUUUCACUGGUCUCAUGGACUGGAUUCUUUCGAAAGAGCAGAAGUCAGCCCUGGGUUUGGGAAAACAGCUCAACUUUCAAACCAAAGAUAACAGAGAUGCUGCAUGAUGAAUAUAACUGUAUCAUGAUGUCAACUUCUGGUCUCAUGACAGAAAACUGUACAACUUUACAUACAUAUGUUUGUAAGUGCAAAUUCACCAACGCAGGAGUCAUGAGUCACCUGCUUGGAACUGAAAGUGCCUCAGGACCCAGGAAAGCCGCAAAGAAAACCCAGUUGCAGCUCCAUUUCAGUAAUCGAGCAGGAGAUCACCUGCUGGAAUUUAGCUUUCAACAUGCUUCCCAGAAGCAUCUCAAGAUCAGCAGGCAGGGCUACUGCAAAAAUUUUUCAUCACCUCCAGAGAAGCUCAUUUCUGGGAUCCUGGGCAUCAUCUGGUUUGCCUUAUUGAUCACUCUGGUGUUCUCAACAAGAAUUGUUUCUUCAUAUACUGAACAGAAGAAGCAGAUCCACUCCCUCCUGAAUAGAACCCAGAAAGGUACACACCCUUUGCUUUCAAAGUUCUGAUCACAACCUUGUACUCAUUGCCCAGAUGAUUGGAUAUCAUAUUCCCACAAUUGUUAUUACAUUAGUGUGGAAAGAAAAUCUUGGAAUGAUGGUUUGACGUCCUGCGUUUCCAAAAACUGUAGUCUGCUUCACAUAGAUACUGAAGAGGAGCAGGCUUUUCUGCAGUCCAUUUCAGUGGUCUCAUGGACUGGAUUCUUUCGAAAGAGCAGAAGUCAGCCCUGGGUUUGGGAAAAUGGCUCAACUUUCAAACCAAGGAUAACAGAGAUGCUGCAUGAUGAAUAUAACUGUAUCAUGAUGUCAACUUCUGGUCUCAUGACAGAAAACUGUACAACUUUACAUACAUAUGUUUGUAAGUGCAAAUUCACCAACUGAAACACCUGCAUUUGAAGUCUGCCAGAUACAUGUUAAAGAAUUUUUCUCAACCAUCUUGUCAAGUAUCAUUGAAAUUAAGAUCCAACCAUGAAACUUCAAAGAAUUUCUACUGAUUGGGUCCUGUACCCUGCGCAGAUUGAUUUUCUUCAGUCUUGGAUUCUCUGUGUAGGUGAACAAUUUAAUUGACAUGUUUCUCUAAAUCUUUAAAAUAUUCAACCACUGAUCUCCACUCCAAGGCACUACAUAUGAGCUUGGAAUUCAGAAUGGAAGGACAUACAAGCACAAAACAAAACUUUAUAAAAUUGCAACUCAACAUGAAAAGAUCCUACCACUUAUAGCAAUUUUACAUCAAAAGAACAAUGUCAGGUAUAGCAAGAUGGGUGGCAUUGUUGUAAUAUCCAGCUCUCUGCAAUCCACAGUCUUUCUCCUUGAGUUACCCAAAGUGCUAUGAGGGUACUUCUUGACACAUAUGCACUCCUAUCAUUUUCUAUUGCUUCCGAAAAAGAAACACAGUAUAUGUGUUUGGGCAACCAAGUACCUUUCUAACUCUACUAUUCUAUCAAGAUGUCUAUACUCUGCUGCCCAUUUCCUGUAAAGCUACUAGGACACAUCAGAGUCCAAGGAGUACCUGGACCCAGCCUCCACCCUGAAACAGUAAUCUGAUCCUUAGUAGACCAAUAAAUCCACAAUUGAACCUGGGGCCUCUAGGCAGCCUGUAUGAUCCUCAUCUGUGGACAACUUUGGCCAUGCCAUUAUAGAAAUGGCUAAGAAUGUUUCCCAGAAAACAUUGCUUUAGAGCAAUAAUUGCAGUGGGAACCAUAUGCACUCAAUGUCCACUAAGAAAUAGUUGUUCAGUCUUUGAAGCCCACCAGUUCCUGAAGCAUAACAUUUGACUUUCUGUCAAAAUUAUUCUUAGGAACUCAAGCUCAACCAAAACCUUGUCACAUCAGCUUUUAAAUGAUCUGAAAAUAACCUUUCCCCGCCUGCCCAUUAUGCCACCCCACCUUCAUAUCAAAUUUCCGUGAUGAAUCAGAGGGUGUGUGUCUCUUGCAUGUCUUUGUAAUCAUCACCACAGCUAGGGAUCAUAUUCCAUCCCACAAAGGUAAGUAUUAUCCUUUUGGAAUUGUCUUCACAGACUCACAAUUCUCAGAUAGUUUAACCUCAGCUGUGUUUUAUUAACUAUACAAUGGGCAUGCUUCCAUCUAUUUGGGUUCCGUUAAAUUUUUUUGGGCAUCAAUUUGUUGCAUAAAUUUUCCUCAGAAGACACACAGAAAUGCCUAUUUAUUCAAGAAUUCAUAUGAAGAGACCAAAGAAACUUCUCAAAGGGGACAGAUGAGGCUGUUGAAUUCCCUGGAGCUGGACUUUCAGGCUAUUGUUAGCUGCCUGACAUGGGUGCUGCAAACUGAACCCAGGUCAUUUGUAAGAAUAAUGAAGUGUCCUUAAGCACUUCAGCCCUAGAUAAUUUCAUAAAUAAUCAACCUUUUAUGCAUAUUUUACACUUAUGAGCUUUCUACCAGUGUAUUUAGAAUGCUUUGAGAGUUGAUUUAAUUAAAAUCUAUAUGUCUCCCUUUUCUAUCAUAAUUCUGAUGCUUAGAAAAGUAAUUUGGCUGAAAAAGUACAUAUUAAAUAAUGAAGAAAUAAAAAUUAAAAAGAUAAAA